ACAAUUUUGUUAGGAUAUAGGAUAUCUAGCUAGGUUCAGCUGAAAUUACUUCCGGGUUCAGAGGCUCACGAGAGUAUAUCUAAACGGUUAUAUGAGGUAUCACACAUGUUUAUAUUCAUGGAAAAUUAUUUUGUGAUGUGACAUUCAUAGUGUCAGAAAAUGCUGGUUGAAGGAAGUUAUAGGUGCAGUACAAGCUACAGGAAUUCUAAGAUGUCAUGGAAGUAAAAUGGGGGUGUGUCAAGUGUACAUUUCAAAACUGUGAAUAUUUGCCUCACUGCGAGAUAUGUAAAACAUCGAGGCCUGAAUCAUCCGAGGGUUCUGAUAAGAAGACUGCCAGUACUGACCUGAAAUCUGGUACAUGGACUUGUUGGGCUGACAAUUUCUCCGAGACAGACUGUUCCGUUUGUAAAUCAGUACUUAAACAACAAAAAUAUAAAGAUAAGAAUGACAACCUACCAAACAAUCCUUAUUAUAAAAAUAAAUUAACAAAAGGCGACGAAAAACCGACUCUGCAAUUAGCUAAUAUAACUCAGAAGGACAAGGACAAGAAGCAGGGUGAUCACAACAUUAUGGCUUCGGACAACAACGCAAUAACAUUGGCAAAAGAUGGAAAGAGAAGAGUUAUUGGACUUGAUAAAAUGUUGUCAAAAACACAACAACAGUCAGACACGCCGAAGUCAGAAUGCCAGUGUCAUGUUUGCACUUUUAUAAAUCCAGCUAAAUCAGACCAUUGUCAGAUAUGCGGUUCUGCCAUCAAAUCAAAACAGUCGCACAAAGGGCUCCGUGGUACAAUUAAGCUGAAGCAUCCCUUCAAUGGCGGAAAAUCUUUCCUCGCAAGCCAUUUGCGACAAAUCGAAGAUGAUGAGGCGAUUCAAAGGUGGCGAAACAUAAUCUCUUUCUGCAAAAAGAAUCGUGUUGAAUUUAUUGACGACUCGUUUGCUCCAGACUCAAGGUCUUUAUACAAAGAUCCAAAGUGCAAACUUGCAGGACUCAAAGUUAAAUGGCUACGCUGUCAGCAGAUUGUCUCGAAUCACAAGGAACCAUGGGUGGUAUAUAGGUCGCCUACGCCAGACGAUAUAUCUCAGGGUCAGUUAGGAGACUGCUGGUUUUUGAGUGCCUUGGCCGUUCUGGCCGAACGACCUGAACUCAUCAAGAAGAUAAUACCGACGAAGGAGUUCUGUCCGGAAGGGAUAUAUCAAGUGAGGCUGUGCAAAGAUGGAGUUUGGCAGAUUGUUCUGCUUGAUGACGUAUUUCCUUGCGAUCAAUAUUCACGCCUCCUUUUUUCACAGGCAAAGCGAAGACAAUUGUGGGUACCAUUGAUAGAGAAGGCAAUGGCAAAACUACAUGGCUGCUACAAAGCGGUAGAGGCAGGACACUGUGUUGAAGGACUGUCUAUAUUGACUGGUGAACCGUGUGAGACAAUAUCAUUACAAGGGAGCAGCAGGCGAGGAUACCCAAUUGAUAAAAACUUCAUCUGGGCUCGACUUCUUAGUUGUAGAGAAACAAGGUUUUUAAUGGGGGCGCCGUGUGGCGUGGGGAAAGCCGACGGAGACGAGGAUUCGUACAAGUCUGUGGGACUGGUGUAUAACCAUGCUUACUCGAUUCUUGACGUGAGGGAAAUAGAAGGACACAAACUGUUGCGCCUGCGUAACCCCUGGGGCCGCCACUCUUGGAAAGGCGAUUGGAGUGAUCAAUCAGCCACGUGGCAAAGCGUCAAUUCUAAGUUUAAAAUGGAGCUUGUACCCAAUGGAGGAACGCCUGGAGUAUUUUGGAUGUCCUUUGAAGAUCUCUUCAAGUAUUUCCAAUGUGUUGAUGUGUGCAAAGUACGUCCAGAUUGGCGGGAAGUUCGUAUAAAAGGAGUUUUCCCGCAGAACGCAAGUCAUUCCCCUAAACUGGUUAAGGUGACAGUUGCUGAGACAACCGAAUUAGAGAUAGGGUUGUACCAGGAGGGAAAUAGGGGUAGCGAGAAUAAAGAUUUGUCGGACCUCUGUAUCUUGGUGUUUAAAGAGUCCCCUACUGAGGACAAAGCGGUGGGCAGUUUUGUGACUUGGAGCAGGCAUCAUUUGAAAAGCUAUGUGGGAUGCAAUGCUAUGCUCAAACCCGGCAAAUACGCCAUUGUCCCUGUUUCUUUCAACCACUGGUCAAUUGCUUGUCUAGAAAAAAGUAAGAAGUUCAUGCUGUCCAUACAUAGCUCCAAGGACAUUUUCGUAGAGGACUGUAUGAAGAAAUACAAACAUGCUUUUGCCGAUGUGGUCAUGCAGCUAGCUAUCAGCAAUGGUUCCAUGGACAAGUUGAAGGACAAUGUAACCAUGUACACAGUUAGUAAAGGUUUGUGGGGAAGGAUGUAUGUUGUUGAAAAUGGAAUGUCCAACAAACGAAUACAAAUCAAGCUGGACUGUAAUAGAAGCAAGAACGUCAUACCAACACGAGACACACUUCUUACGCUAGAUAGCAUCCCACCACGUCAUAGACAAGUUGUCAUGGUGUAUACACAAGAUGACAGACGGGCAGGGUGCUCUUUUUCCGAACAUAGAGAAUACAACGUUACAAGUAACACCGGUCUAGACUGUUGGGGAAAGCCUGGAUUAAACCAUGAUCCAGACAUCGAUCCAUCCGUUGCCGGACUGCAUAUGUCAGUACCGAUGUAAUACUACUCCGGUGAUGGACCUCACCAUAACUAUAUAUAUAUAUUAGUGUGAACAUUAUGAGUGUACUGUGUACUAUAAUGACUAUAUAUAUAUAUAUCUCAAUUAUUAGUGUUACCUGACUUGUUGCUGGGAAAGUGAUGUUGUAAAUCCAUAACUGGAUAACACGCUGUUGUCCAUUAGUGUCGAUCUAAGCAUAUGACAAGCUGAAAUGGCCAAUAUGACCUUUAUUCAAUAACUGUUUUUCAUUGUAAAACAAUCGUCACCAUUGUGCACUAAGUAUCAUUACAGCUUGAUAUGGUUUUACGGAGAUCGUCCAACAUAGCACCUGAGUGGCAAUAUCAGGAACUCUCCAACUAUUUUUUGCAUGUUGUUUGAAAGGUCCGACCGCAGCCAUUGUCUGCAUUAAUAUUUGACCCAGCCGUGUAUCCCGUCACGUCUGGAAGCAUUUUAAGCGCCAAUAAGGGCAGCAAAUACAAGUGACUAUAAUUCCAAGUCACACGGAGACUUCUGAUCGACAUAUUUUGAUAGUUUAAUCAUACUCCCAGGGGAGGUAAUACAGCUUAAAAUGUGGUCCUAUCAAUGAACUCAAUAUGAAGAGUUUUUAAUUCCUCUUGGCAUGGCUAAAUGAUCCUUGUAUGAAGGAUUAGAAGGUGUAAACUUUUGUAUUACAUGCAUUUUGCAUUCCAACUGUUCUGAGAUGGCUGGAUUAAAGACAAAAAGAAAGAUUAAACAGUGCAUUGUUGGGGCAAAAAACAACAACUUGGUAAUAGGAAGAAUAAACAGUGGAUUAUUUUGGUCCGAAGAAAAGUUUGAGUGUAAAGUUAUUGUAACAUAGCAUGUUGCGCGGACUAGACUUGAACCUGCCACUUGUUUACACUCUUAACAUACAUAAAUUUGUAAUACAUAUAACGACGCUAUUUAAUAUGCAUAUGCAUAUAGUCGAUUGUACAUGUUUGUUGUUCUCUUAUUCUUUAUUAUCCAUUCUAUUCUAUAUAUCCGUAUUACGUGAUGUGAAUAAAAUAUAUGUUUGUA